AUGUCGCCGCUGCCCAAGAACUGGCCCGACCAUCUUCCCUACCUCACGGCCCCGCUCCACGGCAAAGACUUGACACCUGCCCAUCUCGCAGCCAUCCGAACCAAGCCAACCUCCUCCUCCUCCGCCGACACUCCCCCCAUCAUAUCCGCCUCCGAAACGCCCCUCCCGUGCCCGCGCGUCAAGAUCCAGCCCAUCCCCGCCUCCGCCGCCUCGCACCCGGCCCGCGGCCAGCGCGGCCUCUUCGCCGCGCGCGACCUCGCCCCCGGCAGCCUCGUCCUCGCCUACCUCGGCCGCGUGCACUCUACCGCCGGCGCCGAUGCCGCCUCCGACUACGACCUGUGGCUGGACCGCGACGCCGACGCCGCCGUGGACGCUGCACGCCAGGGCAACGAGGCGCGCUUCGUCAACGACUACCGUGGCGUCGCGGAGCGGCCCAACGCGGAGUUUCGGCGGGCCUGGUGCGAGCGUUGGGGGGAGAUGUGCGUCGGCGUGUGGGUGCUAGGCGGCGGAGGUGGUGGGAGGAAGAAGAAGGAUGGGAUCAGAAAGGGAGAGGAGAUUCUGGUGAGCUAUGGCAAGGGCUUCUGGCAGGAGAGGAGGGGGGAGCUGGGGGAGGGGGAGUGA